UGUUAAAGUUUAUCAGGCUGCGUUAAGUGUGACGGAGUUGGACGGAUGUCGGAGGUUGAGCGACAGUUGUCACUUCAAAAUAAAAUGUUCCAAUAAAAUAAAAUGUUACAAGCGUGAAAAAUAAUCAAAGCUUCAAACUUCCUAUGAGCUGGGUGUUCAGCUUAUUUCCAAAUUUUGUUGAUUAAAGGACACACCGUUCAAUAAACGUAAACAUGAAACAACUGAACGUGACAGUGAGGCUUCGCUGUCAUUUUACAUCACUAAAACAGGGAAGUCACAUUUGCCUUCGUGAAAUUCUUUGAGUAAUUUGUCGAACUUGAUAAUUGAAAGUGCGGCAGUGCUAAUGGUUACUUUGGGGGGGGGAAAAUGAGGAAAGAAGUUAAAGUUGUGUUUACAAGUUGGGAGAAAUUCUACCCACCUUUGCAGCAGUUCAUCUAAAAAAUGAAAGCUGGACGCUGAAAUGCUUCAGCUGAUCUGCAAUCUUCAUACGUGCUUUACAGCAACACUUUCUAAUCAGGAAUCUCACUCUCUCAGUAGCAGAUAGUCACACGGGAUAGUGUUCAGUACAUCUGUUAUCAAACUGUGACCAUGUGUUUGUACAGCAGAAUCUCUGGUGGCUGAUGAUGGACGCCUCAGACUCCCCUCAGCUGGACAGCAGUUUGAAUGACUCGGUGACCGAUGGAGAGGAGAACCACAGCGACGCCAGUCCGCCUCCUGCAGCUCCUCCUCGGGCGUCGGUGGCAGCAGAGUCUCCCGGUGUGACUGUUGUCCAGCUGUCUGACGAACAGAUGCUGCAGGUCCAAGGGGUCAUCCAGGCCCCUCAGACCUCCGUCAUACAGUCACCACAAGUCCAAACUGUCCAGAUUGCCACUGUGGCAGAGAUGGGCAGUGAGGCACCAGUCACAGACUGCCAGAAGAGACGGGAGAUUCUGUCCAGGCGUCCAUCUUAUCGAAAAAUCCUCAAUGAGCUUUCUUUGGAUUCGUCGGCAGUUCCUAAAAUCGACGAGGAGAAGCUGGAGGAGGAGGUGGUGCCGGUCUCGAGCGUUGCCUCGGCACCGACCUCCAUCUACCAGACCAGCUCGGGACAGUACAUUGCGUUGGCUCAGGGGAGAGCCAUCCAGCUGAGCAGCCCUACAGCUGAAGGCCUUCAGAGGGCCCAGACCCUGACGGUGGCCAGCUCUCCCGCCCCGCAGCCCGGGGCCACGGUCUUACAGUGUGCAGCUCAGCCCGGAGACUCGCCGCAGCAGUUCUACAUUCAGGGAGGACAGGUGCUCAUCCAAGCUGCCACAGGAGACAUCCCUGCCUACCAGCUGCGUUCACCCAACUCGGGCCUGGCCCAGAGCAUCGUGAUGGCCGCGUCCCCGGGCGCCAUGCAGAGCCCGUCGUCGCAGCACGCCGAGGAGAUCACCCGUAAGAGGGAGGUCCGACUGAUGAAAAACAGGGAGGCAGCUCGCGAGUGCCGCAGGAAAAAGAAAGAGUACGUCAAAUGUCUGGAAAACCGCGUGGCUGUGUUGGAAAACCAAAACAAGACCCUGAUUGAAGAGCUGAAAGCACUGAAGGACAUUUACUGCCACAAAGCCGAGUAGCGGCGGCUUUUUGUGGUCGCGGGCUGAAGACAGUGUCGUUUACUAACUGCUACAGCAAAACAAAAAGAAAAAACAAACAAAAAAAAAAAAGAUAGAGACUCUGGAACAAAAACUGCUUCGACCGUCUUUGUUUCUCUGCUCACUCAGGCCUGGUUUAUGCUGAAUUCAGAGGAGUCCCAGUGAAUUCGAACAGUUCGAGCUCGCCAGAUUCGCUCUUGUUCUUAUCUUGUGGUCUUUGCAUGUGAAGACUCAAGUGUCCUACACACUAUGCUUGCUGUUGCUUUUGUGCACGGGCGAAGCCAGCCAAUGAGCGCCGGCUGAAGAAGAGGAACAGGAAGAGGAAAUGCAGGUGCUUCCUGAAAAUGUACCGCUGAAGUACAGAGAUUACGAAAAAACCCCUCAGCGGGUCAGCCGGGUCUCGCUACCAGCAAGGUCAAACGAGGUGCACACGGAGCUCCGCAGAUCCACCAGCAGCUGCAGCUCAGCAGCUCAGCCGUGUUUACCUGACGAUGCCUUCAGGGUCAUUAACGCUGUUGGGUUUUUUCUUCGGUCAUUUCAUGCAUUCCUUCAUGUGAAAACACAGUUAAAGAGAAAUAUCUUGAAAUGUUUUACCCACUGAAGUUGUUUUAGUUUGUGUAGAAGUUCUUUAUUUGGUCCGAAAGAUUUUUUUUUUUUUAACACAAAGUAUUCGAGAUAAAAACAUCUUAUGUUUGUGCACAGAACUUCAAAGUGUAUUUCAAGCCAUUGUUAAAUGAUCUGAAUCACAACAUGGUCCAAAAGAGCCUUUAUUUUUGGUGACUAAAGCGAGUUGAUUGUAGUGUUUGAAAUGACAGAGCACAACUGCUCUUUAGUCAAAGCACAGAAAAUACCAAAGUGUCAGUGUGGAUGUUAUCAGAGUUUAUAUUCUAUUACAUUUAUUUGGAGAAUUUCACUCCACACGUUUGUACACGCAGAUAUAACCCGAUAACUAGCUAAACAUGCAAAAUGGAAUUGUUUACGCCAUCCUGAAAAGUCAUUUUGUAAACCAACAUGAGAGAAAAUAGCUGUUGUGCUUUACUGUCACGCAAGCAUCAGAUUUGUUUUCCAAAUGAUGGAUAUCCAUUGUGGUAGAAAACUGUAUUUGAAUAUGGCUUAAUAUUAAAAUGCUCUGUUUAAAGGGUGAUGCCAAUUUCCUUUCUUUUUUUUUUUUAAUGUAAUGACGUUUUAUUUUAAUGAUAAUAUAUCCUGUUGUGUUCAUGCUUCUGGUGAUUUGGAAACUGCUUGCUUUUUUCUGUUUGUGUAGCUGUUGAGUUUGUUCUUCUGAAAAUAUUUUAUUGUUAGAAGAAAACGUUAGAAGGAGCACAUCUCAGUGGAACAGAGCGCCUCCUGGAACAGCCAAAGCUCUUAACGUAACAGUUAGCCUUGUCGUGAACCGACCAGACGAGCCGUCGUGGUUUGUGUUCACAGAGCAAAGCUCAUUCCAGUGAAAGGCAGGUGAUAACAAACUUAAGGUUUCCUUUGAUAUCGACUGAUCUGACCUUCUCUGCCGUUGCAAAUGGCUCCAUCUUGUUCUCUUCUCAGUGUACUUUCUUGUUUUAGUUGUAAAAAAAAAACAAAAAACAACUUUUAUCUAAUAAAAUGUUCAGAUGUGA